AUGAAAGAGUUUAACAUUGUUGAGUUACUCGGUGCUAGUAUACCCAUUAUUCGUCUGAAGGAAACCAAGUUGAUCAUUGUGACAGGAGCUAUCGCGGUGGGAAAGACAACUUUCACGCGAGAUCUACUUGACCAUCUCAUCAACCAAGGAUACCAUGCGACGUUACGUGUUGAGGUGGCACGAACACUGGAUAAUGAAUUACGAUUAUAUCAGGGUGAUUCAGAAAAAUAUGCAUUCUUCUUUCAGUAUGCGAUGAUUCAAGCAUAUUAUAAGGAAAUGGAAGAGAUCAAGAAAUUGAAAAAUUAUGAUUAUAUUAUUCUUGAUAGAACUUAUCUUGAUACGAUUCCAUUUACGAAUGUGAUAAUUCCAGAUGAAGAUGGAGAAGUCUUGGUAAUGCUUGAAAAUGAAUUGGGUAAAAUUAAUUUUCCAUUUGAUAUCGCAAAGGUGAUAUAUCUGAAGCCAUCUUGUGAUAAGAUGUUAGAGCGUUACAAGAUUCGUGAACUUGACAAGUAUAUGAAGGGGGAUAGUGUGGAUGUGGGUUAUGAUGAUAAUUAUCUUAUCGCAAUUUAUGAUCAAUAUGACUUGUGUAUGGAGAACAUGUAUUUGAGUUAUAUGAAAGUUGUAAAUGAUGAUGAAGGAUAUGAUGCAAUUUUAAAUCAAAUUGUUAUUUAA